GCUAAAGGAGUCCAUGACCACCCCAGGCCAGAGAGCAAACUGGAAGCAGAGGCAAGACGAAGUGCAAUUAAGAAGCAAAUGUCCUUUUCUCACCAUUCCCAGAAAAAGAGAUCUCUAAACUCAGAGGCAGGAAGGUACCACGACAGCGGCGGUUACACCAGUAACCUACAGAAUCUGCCCUGCGUGGAUGGCCCAGAAAGGGUUGGUAUCAUCACAGACACCAAUUUUUCGAUUCCAGCCCAGUCUUAUCCUUCGCUGCAAAAUGCUGACCUCUACAAAGCAUCUUACGACUCAGCCAGCUUCCAAGAGGACCAGCUAUCGCCAUACUCAAAGUGCCCCAAUCCAAGAGUCUGCGUGCCCAGGCCGUGCAGCUACGAUUUUGGAGUUCCUACCUUUAUAAGCUCCAGCCCUUACCCAGCAUUUUACAAAGACCUGACAAGUCCUGCCAUCGAUGCCGACCCCCUCGGUUUGAAUGGAUCUCACUACGGUGCUGUGACUGCCCAUGAUAAGAGCUUCGAUAACCCUGGCAGACAUUACGGACUGAAGCCAGCUUGGGGGGGUGACUACGGACAGAUGCAAGCAAGCACUAACCACCCUUACUACGGUGGGGACUACCCCUGCAGGUAUGGUCCCAGCCCCUCUCCCAUGGCCCCGCCAUUGCAAACUGUCAUCACAACCACCACCAAGGUGUCCUACCAGGCCUACAAGCCGUCCGCGCUGAAAUACAGCGACAACCUCUGCGAUAUGAAAAAUCUUCAGAGCUAUACCCACGUGGCAGAAAACGUCUCGGGCGCUAUCUAUUCAGGGAUGAAGAUUCAGGAAGACUUUGGGAUGAUAAAGUCAGCGCUGCUCUACCAGCAUGACCCAGUCCCCACGAAGUCCGAACCAGCCGAGAGCGUGGAGACCUAUCGGUAUGGGCCACCGCUGGGGAACAGCUAUGCUGAGCACGAAGGGCAGACCUUAAGGUUUGAGAGUGCUGAAUACUGA